CGAGACUGUUGGAUUUGAAUAUGUGUGUUUUAGGAUGUUUGGGGGAGCCUGCGGUUUUAACAUUUAAUUUUUUUGUUUUAUUCUUCUUGUCCAAUGCUAACGUUGUGGAAUGCUAACACAUGCUAGCCAAGUAAUUUCUCCGCAGUUGCCGAUUAGCUAGCCAAUUACUCGCUAGUCUUCUAGCUAGAUCGUUAAUGGUUUUUAAAUUUGGUAGCGUGCUGCUGAUGGCCUGGUUAUCAUGCGUUUUAUGGUUUUGAUAUUCAUUGAAUGAACAUGAACAUUAGCUAGCCAAGUUAAAGGGAGUGUUUGUAAGACUGCGACCAAACAGCUUUUAUGAUUGGCAGUCAACAAUCAAGCUUUGCCUAACAAGUGUUUCUAGCUAGCGUUACCUUCGCCGUUUUAAAGUUCGUUGGACAGUUUUAUUACGCUUGUUUAUUUGGAUUGUUUGCUGUUUUUAUGAUGUAGUGCAUGCCAAAUUGACACAGCGAAAUGUCUGAUCGGUAGAUUGACUAGGUAAGUUAACCAAGUAGUGUAAGCAAUUUGCAAUGAACGCUAAACAUGCAGUUGAUGUAUGUCUAGCGAGCAGGCUUGUUAGCUUGUAGAGUCGUUUUAGUUCCUUAGCUGAUUUACUAAGCCUAUUGAUCUGUUGCUAGUUGUUCUUAAUAUUUUUUUCUUGCUCCGUAACACCGAAAACAUAUUUUGUGGAUAUAGUUGGGUAACCAGUUGAGUAUCCAACUAACUGACGUAAUCUUGCUAGUUUAUUCGUUGAUAAGAAGCGAGAGUUGAUUAGCUGGAGUAACUAACUAGGUAGAUAGACUGAGGUAAAUAGUAGUUGGCAGCGGUGGUGAGUCUUUACAGCUUAUGGUCUCAGGAAACAUAUGCUUCACAUCUGUGUUUCAUGCCUUUGGAAGUGUAACUUUGGCUGUGUUUUGUCAACAAGUUCUACCUGGCAUGGAAUGUGUUGUGUGCAUGGGAGUGCUCUGUUCAGCCGCAACCCUGGUAUCUUCAACAGGGUAAAUAAAACCUUGGGUAUAAGUUUGGAGACUAUUGCGGUAAGGAUUUGCAGAGAAUGAACAAUCCACAGAUUAGUGUCAAAUGGUCGUUUUGUUUUAAGUGAUGGUGCCUGUUGAAAAGUGAUGGGCAUUUCACGUUGGAGGGUGUGUCGGUGAUUGUAAGCUGUUCCUCAUUUUGAGGCUACAGGAAAUGAGAGGGCACUCGUGCAAAGUUCACUUUAAGUACUGCAGAGUUUACAGUUGCCUAGGACACGGGCUGGAAUUUUUUUUAAGGAUUUACAGGAUUCCGGGAUGAGUGAGCCUGCAUGCCCUCAUUGCUGCAUUCAGAAUGUCCAAAUGAAAGACCGCUUUCAGCCGACAGGCUUCACUUAAGGGGACAUCGGCACUUAUUAGUGCGCAAAGCGAACGGCAGAAAGAGGGGAUUGUCUCUCCGCAAGCGAGUUGACAUACCCUGCGUUUAUUCAAUAAGCCUCGGUCAUCGCCUGAAAAGAAAGAAGAAAGCUACCGCAACGAAUCCGUCAAUUCAAUAAACAUAAUUGUAAUGGAUAUGCUAACUGUUUAGCGUGAAGGACAUAACCAAGCGUUUACUGAAGUCAACGCUGCAGUGAAACUGCCGGGAAGCUCUUCCAGGGAGAGGGAACUCGCUGUGGAAUCGAAGGCAAAAAAAAAACAGAACUCUCCCGUCAUGCCAGAGGUGCGGGACCUGUCGGAAGCCCUGCCGGACCUGCUCAUGGACCCCAUCACCGGGGUGGGCGUGGUGGCGUCCCGGAACCGGGCGCCCACCGGCUACGACGUGGUUGCCCAGACAACGGAUGGCCUGGAUGCGGACCUGUGGAAGGACGGUCUGUUCAAGUCCAAGGUGACGCGCUACCUCUGCUUCACCAGAGUCUUCUCCAAGGAGAACAGCCAUUUGGGAAACGUUCUGGUGGACAUGAAGCUGAUUGACAUGAAGGACACCCUACCCGUCGGCUUCAUCCCCAUCCAGGAAACUGUAGACACGCAGGAACCGGCCUUCAGGAAGCGGAGGCUCUGCAUUAAGUUCAUCCCACGGGACUCCACCGAGGCGGCCAUCUGCGACGUGCGGAUCCUGGGCAGGUCCCGGCAGGCCCCCCCCCAGUACACCUUCAUCGGAGAGCUGAACAGCAUGGGCAUCUGGUACCGGAUGGGCAAGGUGCCGCGGGCGCAGGAGACCAGCCAGAACCAGAACCACACGCCGCCCGUCCAGCCCCUCACCACCACCACGGCGGCCCCCGCGCAGAUCCUGCCCAGGCACAUAUCCAUGACCCUGCCUGCCAGUUUCAGGGGGAAGAACACCACCAGACCGGACUACGAGCACCAGAACUCCAACCUGUAUGCCAUUUCAGCGAUGGACGGAGUGCCCUUCAUGAUCUCCGAGAAGUUCGCCUGUGCCUCCAGCGAUCUGCUGCAGGACGACUUAAUGGGCAUCAGCAUCAAAACCCUGGCGGAGAUCGAGAAGGAGUAUGAGUACAGUUUCCGUACGGAGUACAGUGCGGCUGCCCGGCUCCCUCCCAGCCCCACGCGGACCCAGCUCAGCUCCGAGGCCUGAGGGAGGGCGGGAACGAGGGAUGAAGAUGGAGGAGAGAGAUGCGGACGGAGGAGAGAGCCACUUUCCUCUGACUUUUGAACGCAGGGAAGGGUCACUACAAAGAGAAAGGGAAGAGCCAGCACAAACAAAGAAAACCUCCUUUCUGUAAUUUUUUACCCACAAUCCCCCGCCACUGUGGGAUAACACAGAUCUGCCCGUUGCCCUGCGAAACACAUGACCUCUCCCUGGAUUUGAGCCUGUUCAUUCCGAAUGCACAUAAGGAACGGUGGCCGUCUCUGUGUGGAUCCUCCUUUUGGGGGUGCCGAGCCCAGCCACAGCGGUGAGGGUAGCUCACCUGAAGGAAAUAGAGAGAGAGAGAGACAGCGCCCCCUGCUGGUACCCUGUGCUCACGCUCCCGUCUGCUGCUACAUGGGAGGAGUACCAGUAGGAAAAUUGGGUGCUACGGCAGCCAUUUAAAAAAAAAAAAAAUGUAUUUGUAAUUUUUGUUCACGCUGUGGAAGACCACUCUGAACGACUGCCCACGAGACUGGAUGGAGAGAGAUCAGCCUUCGAGCCAGACUGCGAGAUUUAACCCCCCCCCCCCCCCCCCCCCCCCCCCCCCCGCCUCCUCCUACCUGACCUCCUGUACCUGGACAUGCCACUGCUGAUAUUCCCAGCCGUCUUGCUGCUGCUGCCUGAAGUGUUUUGAGCUCAGCGAACAUGUGGUUGUCUGCCCCCCCACUCCACGCCAUCUCCUGUGUGUGGUUAUUAGGGACCAGUAAAACCCGACUGAUUUUAAAUGGUGUUGAUUGUGGAUCAGUUUUCCUCAUAUUCAGAUGGGUGUAGUGCGGGGGGGGGGGGUAGUCUGUUUCUCUCUACACUAGUGGUUGCAUUCCUCAGAGGUGGACUGAUCCUAAAAAAUGAGGGAGGGGUCUACAGCCCGUCUGGCCCUCCCCUAACCCCCACAAGGCUGUGAACCAAGUGCUUUUAUACCUUUUAUACCCCCUCCCCCCUGUUAGACAGAACGGACACAAGCGACUCAUGAUGCAGAAGUGCAUUGCAGCUGUGAGAUUAUCGUCGUCAGUCAUUUCUACUUGGUGUUUCUGUGUGUUGUUUCGCGAGUGCACUAUUGUUUUUGGAUUCUCCAUUAUUACCGAGCGAUGACUCGGCCCACCCCACCCACAGACUCCCGGCUGGACCCCUGCUCUGCUCCCGCUGUUCGAUGCUGAGCCACUGGAGCCAUGCCACGGGCGAUUUGGGGCGGUGCCGGGCGAUCCGGGCGGUGCAGGGCGAUAGGGAUGGGGGUCCACAGCUCUCUGCAGAACCACAGUCUUCUCUCUUAAAUUUGAGCAGAAAAUUAGAGAAAUUUAUGAAAAUUUCUCUCGGGAGGAAUUUAUGAAAAUUUGCCCGUCUGCAAAAUAUGACCUUCAUCAGUUGCUGUAAAUGUGGAGAAAAAAAUAUUUUAUCGCUGUAUAACUUUCAGAUGAUUUAUGGUAAUUUUACAGCAAAAAAAUAUAGUUUUUUUAGAGUAUGCGGGCAGCCUUUAAUUGAUUUAUCUUGGGUUUUAUUUGCCUGAAUGAACUUUGCGCAUCUGUGAUGUACGCGUUUGCCGACGUUUCCUCUCCUGUCGGCCUAACCGUUUUAUUUUUGGAGAGGAAUUCGGACAAACUUCGGUGAUCAUGAACACGUUUCUGCACUGACAUCCAUAUUCCCUUAGAUGUGUUUCUACAUCACAUUGCCUCCUCAGUAAGUCCAGUACAAAAGGCUGUACUUGAAGAAGGCAGUCCUGUGCCUGGCCACGGCUUCUAAAUCUUCAGUUCACUUGUUUUUGUACUGAGUGAUCUUUAGGGCCAGAGCAACAACCAACAAUGCGUGAUCAAGCGUCUUUUUAUCUUAGAAAUUAAAAGGAAAAAUUAACCAUAAUCAAACCGCAAAAUGGUAAUGACAAAUAAUUACCGCUGGUGUAUAUGUAAAUAACUCUCGAAAGCAGCGUUUCAUUUUUUUCCUCAUGGGUAAUACUAAUUAUUGAUUUUUUUGUUUUCUCAUUGUGGGAAAAGAGAGAACAGGGCACAACCACGUUUGAAAUGAAAAACAAUUUAUUAAUUGAAAGAAAAAAGGCAAACUAUGGUAUUUAAUGCUGCCACUUGUUUAUACACACGCUAUCACCAUGUUAGCGUGUGUAACCCGUAAAGCUUAAUUUCAGAGACUGUUAAAAUGCACUGCUAGGUUCUGUAAUUUAGUCAUUUGUGAAAUGGAAUGUUUUUGUGUGUGUUUGUUUUUGCUUUCAUCUGGUUUUUCACUCUCAAAAUGUUCAACUUUGUACAUAAUCUGAAAGCUGUUCCUGCCCGUCAUACUGUGUCCAAUUAAAACUCUGGAUGUAAAAUGUUUACGUUGAUGGUUAUGUACGCAGAGCCUGAAUGCUCAACCAUAGACCAGACUCUCUCAGUCCCAGGGACGGCUCUAAUGCUCCCACCUAUAUUGACCAGGCCCAUUACUAACCCCAGUGGCUUCCGAAAUUUUAUUAAUUUUUUUAUUUACGCUGGCCAAAUUUGACUGCUUUCUUGUGUACCGUAAGAAGGACAGAAUAACGGAAUGCUUUUAUCUGAUGUGCUCGAAGGAAAACGUAAUUGCUGUUUGUCUGGUUACUGCAGAACCUGGGCCUUGUGUUAUAUUUGCUCUUAUUUACUGAAGAAAUGUUCAGGUCUGCGUUCCUCUUUAAUUUUUUUUCAGUCAGCUGUAGUCCAGUGUGGUAAAGGUGGACUGACAUUGUUGUGCUAAACAUUGUAAACUAGCUGUGUAAACUAAUGCAACUGCUUAGUUUUGGUGUGGCACCAAUAUACCAGUCUGCUUUACUACUGUUUCACUAACUCUGAUGUCGGCACACUUCACAUACUCGUGAUAGUUACGGGUGUAAUUCCAUUGGUCGUGUCUAUUUCAGGAAUGUUCACAAUUGGACAACACAUCGUACCACUUGCAUUGCCAUGGUGAAAAAUACUACUGCAAAUACUAUUAAUACUGAAAAUACUAAUUCUAACAUUUUUUGAGAACAAAUGGCCAUUUGCGUUGUCUCAGUGAUGCCCAGGCGUCGUGGCCUUAAGAGUUUGUAGAGUAGGCUAUGCUAUAGCUCCGCCUAUUUUCGGCGCGGGAGUUUCCCGUCUGCUGCAGUGUUCUGAUGUCCGGCCUGUUAUCUGGACAAUCGGUGUUUUGGGUCAGAUAUUUGAGACUCGGGUGCUGGUAUAAAUGUUUUUUUCUCGCCUUUUCUUCUCGUGGACACAUUGGGUUUUUCUCAACAACAAAAAAAAAAAUCGUAAAAUUUCCGGAUCCAAUACUACAGCUAAUUCUCAUAACCGGUUUUGUAAAUAACUAACGUGAGGUAACGUUAACACAACGCGUUAUUACGAACUGAUGUUAUGUUCGUCGAUAUAUAUAAAACUGUGAAUAGUAGGCCUACUGUCCAUUGGUAUCGGUGUAUGUAACUGCAUGCUGUGUUGUACCGUGUUGUGUGUAGGCCUGUGUUUUAAACGAGGAUGGGGUUUAAGGGCCCCAACCCCCGCCUUUCUCCCUCAACUCGGCUUACUGUUGUUUUACAGAUGUGAUUUUCGGCUCUUUGGUUCAGAUAAUAUGUGCCCUUUCCUGCUUAUGUGGUAUAUAGCCCUUCUGUCAAACGAGAGAGCGAAUUUUCCUGAUAAAAAGCACAGGGACAAUUUGUUCCAUGCACCUCAACGUUUUAUUGUUCUACGUUAAAAGACGUUGACAUGGCAACUUGAACAUCGGGUGGUUAUCUGUGUUGUACUGUACUGCCGACUGUUUUGAGUUUUAUAUGUGGUUUAUGAGCAUAUUGUUUCCCUUCACAAAGUAAACUAAUUAGGUUCCACCCUUUUUAUCAUUUUAUUCUUCCGCGUCUUUUUCUUUUUUGAGGUUAUUUAUGUAGCCGAAUUUUUUUUUUUUUUAAAGCACUGCGGGGAUUGUGCUUUCUCUUUGUUCGUACCACCCUGGUAAUGUUAAACUGGAGCGUGACGUGGAGACCCAUCGAGACCUCUGAACUCGGAGACUGCGAAGCGGAUGGAAGGGGCGCAUUUAGCGCGGUGCUCCAGUCUUAGCACACUCCUGAUCCGAGUUGAUUUAGCGUUGAUUUUGAAAUCUUUUACAAAAGGAAAAUAAAUGUGUGUGUGUGUGUGUGUGUGUUUUUCCCCGCAGGUCAUACGGGGCAGCGAAUCGCGCGUGUCCUGGCGUUACUACCACGUUACCUGACUUUGUCCUGGUUUGUUUGAUCUGUUACCUUUGAAUCCCUGUGUUCUUCACCAAGCAACGCGCCUUCGUGCUAACCUGUUUAUAUUAAACUCAUAAACACCGUUGUAGAACAUAUAUUUUCGUGUUUUUUAAUAUCCCUUUUUAUUGUCUAAUCGUACAAUAAAUUGCCACAAGCAUACAGUUAAAUGCAAGAUAUUGGAACAGGGACACACUUUUAGUUGUUUUGGCUCUGUACUCCUGCACAUUGGAUUUGAAAUAAAACAAAGAAUAUGAGGUUAAAAAUGCAGUCUGUCAGCUUUAAUUUGAGGGUAUUUACAUUUGUAUGGGGUGAUCCAUGUAGAUAUCACAGCCCUUUCUAUACACAGUCCCCCCCAUUUUGGGGGAGCAAAAGUAUUUGUACAGUUGGCUUCUCGGCUGUUUCCUGGCCAGCAUCAUUGGUUCAUGCACAAGACUGCUAACAACAGGUCCGUUGUGGUUGUGGAAAUAACCCCCGUUUUGCAGGGGUUUUCAGUGGAUACCCUGUACCUUUCAAUGUAAAUAAACAUUGGCAAUACAAUUAUACAAUCCAAGACCUGUAGGUGUUCUAGACCUCAUUGUCACUGUUAGGUUUUACAGAAGGGAACAUAUCAUUGCGUGAUUGUUCGUCUGUACUCGUGCAAUUUUAAUAAAAUAUUCCCUUUCAUGGCA